CUUGACACAGUAAUUCCACAUCCAGAAUGGACUCUAAGGAAUUUAUUUGAAAUGCAGGCAAAGAUUCAUUUAAAGACAAGUAUCUCAGUAAAAUCUGUUCCUGCACUCCUGUCUUUUUCUCUAGGAAUAUCGGAGGUUUAUGAAAACCAAAGCACUCAGUCCAGCUUGGUGACGCUGGGGCAGGUCCUAGCAAGGGCUGGGACACAAACCAGACCUCCUGCCCCCCUACUCUACCUGGAGCCAUCCUCCCCAAUGUCACGGUUGAGCAGUGGAAGCUCCAACAUGUCCUACACCAGCUUCCUCCUCGUGGGCUUCCCAGGGCUGCAGGAGUCUCGUGCCCUCCUCAUGCUGCCCUUCCUCAGCCUCUACCUGGUGAUCAUCUCCGCCAACGCCCUGGUCAUCCACACAGUGGUGGCCCAGCGGAGCCUGCACCAGCCCAUGCACCUGCUCAUUGCCCUGCUCCUGGCUGUCAACAUCUGUGCUGCCACCACGGUGGUGCCUGCCAUGUUGCUCAGCUUCUCCACACGCUUCCACCGCAUCUCCCUGGCUCACUGCCUGCUCCAGAUGUUCUGCAUCUACUUCCUCCUUGCUUUUGACUGCAGCAUCCUCCUGGUCAUGGCCCUGGACCGCUAUGUGGCCAUCUGCUACCCUCUCCGCUACCCUGAGAUAGUGACAGGCCAGUUGCUGGCUGGCCUGGUGGGGGCGGCAGCUGCCAGGAGCACAUGCAUUGUUGCUCCAGUGGUGGCACUGGCCUCCCGGGUUCGCUUCUGCCGCUCACAUGUGAUCUACCACUUUGCUUGUGAGCACAUGGCCCUGAUGAAGCUCUCCUGUGGGGACAUCUCCCUGAACAAGACCGUGGGCCUCACCGUCCGCAUCUUCAACAGGGUCCUGGACAUGCUCCUACUAGGAGCCUCCUACUCGCGCAUCAUCCAUGCCGCCUUCAGGAUUUCGUCAGGUGGCGCGCGUUCCAAGGCCCUGAACACCUGUGGCUCCCACCUGCUGGUCGUCUUCACCGUCUACUCCUCCACCAUGUCCUCAUCCAUCGUCUAUCGGGUGGCCCGCACCGCCUCCCAGGAUGUGCACAACCUGCUCAGCGCCUUCUACCUGCUGCUCCCGUGUGUGGUCAACCCCAUCAUCUAUGGGGCCAGAACCAAGGAAAUCAGGAGACACCUGGCAAGGAUGUUCCUGCGGGCAGAUCCAUGAGGCACCUGUGACAAGCUGUCUGGUUGUCCAGGCAAGCUUGAAGAAGACAGGAAGUGGAUACAAAGGAACCCAGCUGUUACCAUCUUACUCAUUCUUGUUACUCUUCCACAAACUUCUCUUCCCCUGUAAUAGGGAGAGGGAAAUAGAGCCUCCCUCAGCCUUGCUCUCCCUAGCGUCCUAACACAAGCCUUUGAACUUCUGCCUACCUUCAUAUAAGAACCUCAGUAUGUCCAUAGUUGUGUGGUAAAUGUUGUCAAAACAACUGGAGUUAUGGUUUUCGUAAGUCUCUCUUUAACAAUUCCUUAAGAGAAUUGCACAGAACAUGAAGAAAUCUGUAUCUACUCUUUUUAAAAUACCCCCCCAA